AUGUCUCGAGGAGAAACACCUUCCCUGAUAGGUGUGGUAAGGAAGGACUGGGCAUCCCAAAAUAGCAUUGCCCUAUCAUGGCAAGCACCUGCUUUUUCCAAUGGAGCCAUUCUGGACUACGAGAUCAAGUACUAUGAGAAAGAGCAUGAACAGCUCACCUACUCUUCCACGAGGUCCAAAGCCCCCAGUGUCAUCAUCACAGGUCUCAAGCCAGCCACCAAGUACGUGUUUCAUAUCCGAGUGAGGACGGCGACAGGAUACAGUGGCUACAGUCAGAAAUUUGAAUUUGAAACAGGAGAUGAAACUUCUGACAUGGCGGCAGAACAAGGGCAGAUUCUCGUGAUUGCCACCGCGGCCGUUGGGGGGUUCACUCUCCUUGUCAUCCUCACUUUGUUCUUCUUAAUCACCGGGAGAUGUCAGUGGUACAUAAAAGCCAAAAUGAAGUCAGAAGAGAAGAGAAGAAACCACUUACAGAAUGGGCAUCUACGCUUCCCAGGAAUUAAGACUUACAUUGAUCCAGAUACGUACGAAGACCCAUCCCUAGCUGUCCAUGAAUUUGCAAAGGAGAUUGAUCCCUCGAGAAUUCGCAUUGAGAGAGUCAUUGGGGCAGGUGAAUUUGGAGAAGUCUGUAGUGGGCGUUUGAAGACACCGGGGAAAAGGGAGAUCCCAGUAGCCAUUAAAACUUUGAAAGGUGGCCACAUGGAUCGGCAAAGAAGAGACUUUCUAAGAGAAGCUAGUAUCAUGGGACAGUUUGACCACCCAAAUAUCAUUCGCCUAGAAGGCGUUGUCACUAAAAGAUCCUUCCCGGCCAUUGGGGUGGAGGCGUUAUGUCCCAGCUUCCUGAGGGCAGGGUUUUUAAAUAGCAUCCAGGCCCCGCAUCCAGUGCCAGGGGGCGGAUCUUUGCCCCCCAGGAUUCCUGCUGGCAGACCAGUAAUGAUCGUGGUGGAAUAUAUGGAGAAUGGAUCCCUAGACUCCUUUCUGCGGAAACAUGAUGGCCACUUCACAGUGAUCCAGUUGGUCGGGAUGCUCCGAGGCAUCGCAUCGGGCAUGAAGUAUCUUUCUGACAUGGGUUACGUCCAUCGGGACCUAGCAGCUCGGAAUAUAUUAGUCAAUAGCAACUUGGUAUGCAAAGUUUCUGACUUUGGUCUCUCCCGAGUGCUGGAGGAUGAUCCAGAAGCUGCUUACACAACAACUGGAGGAAAAAUCCCCAUAAGGUGGACAGCACCAGAAGCUAUCGCCUACAGAAAAUUCUCCUCAGCAAGCGAUGCGUGGAGCUAUGGCAUUGUCAUGUGGGAGGUCAUGUCCUAUGGAGAGAGACCUUACUGGGAAAUGUCUAACCAAGAUGUCAUUCUGUCCAUUGAAGAGGGGUACAGACUUCCAGCUCCCAUGGGCUGCCCAGCAUCUCUCCACCAGCUGAUGCUCCACUGCUGGCAGAAGGAGAGAAACCACAGGCCCAAAUUCACCGACAUUGUCAGCUUCCUUGACAAAUUGAUCCGCAAUCCCAGUGCCCUUCACACCCUGGUGGAGGACAUCCUUGUAAUGCCAGAGUCCCCCAGUGAGGUUCCCGAAUACCCUUUGUUUGUCACAGUUGGUGACUGGCUGGAUUCCAUAAAGAUGGGGCAAUACAAGAAUAACUUCAUGGCAGCAGGGUUUACAACGUUUGACCUGAUUUCAAGAAUGAGCAUUGAUGACAUCAGAAGAAUUGGAGUCAUACUCAUUGGACACCAGAGACGAAUAGUCAGCAGUAUACAGACUUUACGUUUACACAUGAUGCACAUACAGGAGAAGGGAUUUCAUGUAUGAAAAUUCUACAAGCACCUGUGUUUUGUGCCUCAGCAUUUCUAAGAUGAAAGCUAUCCUCUCUACUACCCUCUCUUCUAAUUCUCCAGACAUCACUUCACAAACUGCAGUCUUCUGUUCGUAUGAUAGGCACACACCUUAUGUUUAUGCUUCCAACCUGGAUUUUAAAAUCAUGCUACAUAAAUCCUCUAUGAAUAACCUGC